UUUUCAAGGGAGGACUUUAGAAGACUAGGAAAGAAUCAUAUAUGAGAGGGGGGGAUGUGUACCAAAAUACCAUCUUCCUUCUUCCUAGCAAACAAGAGAACAAGUACACCAACAAAUGUCUCAAACGCCAACACUGCCCAACUUGUCUUCAAUAAACCAUCAAAACAAAAUACUCCUUUCUUAAAUUCCACAAUGAGAAACACCACCACCAAAGAUUACCACUUUCACCAAAUUUUGUUCUUGCUUUUGAUUUCUCAAUUUCUUCAUCCAAUUUUUGCUAUACCCACUGAUACAAUCAUCUCAACACAGCCUUUAACUAAGGAUCAAACCUUAAUAUCUUCCGGACAACUCUUUGAAUUAGGGCUUUUCACUCCAGGCGGUGCAAAUUCAGACAAAUGGUAUGUUGGUAUUUGGUACAAAGAGAUUCAAGACAGGACUAUUGUUUGGGUUGCAAACAGAGCUAAACCCCUUUCAAGUUCUUCAACAUCAGUCCUAAAAAUCACAGAAAUUGGUACCCUUCUUCUCGUCGAUGGCCAAACUGGGAAUUCCGUCUGGUCUUCCGACCAAACUCCGGCGACCAACGUAGUAGCCCAACUCCUUGACUCCGGGAACUUUGUCAUUCGGCCGGGAAACGAUGAUAGAGAACAGAGCUACCUGUGGCAGAGCUUUGAUUAUCCAACAGACACUUUAUUACCUGGGAUGAAACUUGGGUGGGAUUCAAAAUCCGGGUUGAAUAGGAACAUAACAUCAUGGAAAUCAGCAAUUGAUCCAGCUCCCGGAGAUUUCACCUUCAAGAUCAACACAAGUGGGUUCCCGGAAGUUUACUUAACGAAUAAACAAGAAAUUAUCUACCGGAGCGGCCCUUGGAAUGGAAUUAGAUUCAGUGGGGUACCUGAAAUGAAGGCAACUGAGAUUAUCACAUUCGAAUUUCAGUUCAAAUCAGAUGAAAUUACUUACAUGUUUGAGUUACACAACAAAACAUUGUACUCUAGGUUGUCCGUGAGUCAUAAUGGUCUUCUUGAAAGAUACACAUGGAUCCCAACAAAUAGCUUAUGGAAUCGAUUCUGGUAUGCUCCAAAAGAUCAAUGUGAUGAAUACGCAGAGUGUGGGGUAUCUGGAAUUUGUGACACAAACCUUUCACCGAUAUGUAAAUGUAUGGUGGGAUUCAAGCCUAAAAAUCAGGUGGCGUGGGAUUUGCGAGAUGGGUCUGAUGGGUGUGUUCGUUUUCAUAAAUUGGAUUGUAAAACUGAUAAGUUUAACAUAUUGAGGAACAUGAAGUUACCAGAUACGACGAACUCGUUUGUGGAUACAAAUAUGAACUUGGAUGAAUGUGAAGCUAUGUGUAGGAAGAAUUGUUCUUGCACGGCGUAUACCAAUUCGAAUAUCAGCGGAAGUGGGUCGGGUUGUGUGAUUUGGAGCACCGAGCUUAUUGAUAUGAGGCAGUACGCGACGGCGGAAGGUGGCCAAGUUCUCUACGUUAGGGUGGCUUCUUCUGACGCAGUGCAAAGUGGAGGUGUGGGAUCUGGACAUAGUUCUAGCAAGACAAAAAUAGUUGCAAUAGCUGCUGGGAUUACAGUUGGUAUAGCUCUUGGGCUAUUUGGAGUAACCCUUUGCUUCUUAUCAAAGAGAAGAAAACAUCAAGGUUCAAUCCGAACCAGGUCCAUAAACAAAGGCACUAGCGAACGAAGUCAAGAAUUUCUGAUGAAUGCAGCUAUUAUUCCAAGUAAAAGAGAAUUUUCCGGUGAAACUUCCACGGAAGAGUUUGAAUUGCCAUUAUUUGAUUUCAGCACCCUAGCUAUGGCAACAGAAAAUUUUUCUGAUGUGACUAAGUUAGGCCAAGGUGGUUUUGGUUGUGUUUACAAGGCAAUGCUGGUUGGUCAAGAAGUAGCAGUCAAAAGGCUGUCAAAGAAUUCCGGACAAGGAGUAGAGGAAUUUAAGAAUGAGUUAAGAUUGAUUGCCAGGCUUCAACACAGAAAUCUAGUCCGGCUUCUUGGUUGCUGUGUUGAUAUGGAAGAGAAGAUGCUGAUCUAUGAAUACCUGGAGAAUAAAAGUUUAGAUUCAAUUUUGUUCAAUAAGCAGAAAAGUUCGCUGCUGGACUGGCAAAAGCGGUUCAAUAUUAUCUGUGGGAUUGCUCGGGGGCUUCUAUACCUUCACCAAGAUUCAAGAUUUAGGAUUAUCCAUAGAGACCUUAAAGCAAGCAAUAUUCUCCUUGAUAAGGAUUUGACCCCCAAAAUAUCUGAUUUUGGCAUGGCAAGAAUUUUUGGCGGAGAUGAGACUGAAGGAAAUACAAAAAGAGUAGUUGGAACCUAUGGUUACAUGUCUCCGGAAUAUGCAAUGGAUGGCCUCUUCUCUGUUAAGUCUGAUGUUUUCAGCUUUGGGGUUUUGGUGUUAGAAAUAGUUACCGGGAAGAAGAACAGGGGGUUCUAUUAUCAAAAUAAUCAACUCAACCUUCUUGGACAUGCAUGGAGACUAUGGAAAGAAGGGAGCGGCUCAGAGCUACUGGAUCCAUCUUUUGGAGAAUCAUUUUCUCCGUCUGAAGUAAUGAGAUGCAUACAGGUUGGACUGUUGUGUGUCCAGGAACAAGCAGAAGACAGACCAAACAUGGCCACUGUGGUUUUGAUGUUAGGCAGCGAAAGCGCAUCACUACCUCAGCCUAAAAACCCAGGAUUUUGCCUUGGAAGAAGACCUGUUGAUUCUGAUUCAUAUUCAACUAAUUAUGAAGAAACUUGCACUGUCAAUCAAGUUACAGUUACCAUGAUAGAUGGCCGGUAGUUGAUGGUAUUGCCCUCAAAAAGUGUAUAUUACUACAAGAGGUUCACAAUUUUCUCUUGUAUACUUUCUGAAUUUUUGUUUUUGGGUAAGUUUUGUGAAAGCUAAAGAGUAUAGUUAGGUCUUUUUUCUCAUUACAUACAAUUGUGAGUUCAAAAAUGGGUCCUUUUUCAUCAUUGAUGUAACAGUCCAAUCAUUCCUUUACCAUAUACUUGAAAUCCAUUGUAAAUUACUGUGCCAUCAUUGAUGUGAUUCAGAAGGUAUAUUUUGUGCAUUCA